AAGUGGAUUUUGAAAAAUGUCCGAAGUUACUUUAAAUUCAACGCUAAAGAAAUCUAAGAAAAAAACUAAACAGAAAGAAAUUAAGGAGAAAGAAAAACAAGAGAGAGCGCGUAAAGCUGAACUUGAAUCAAGCAAGAUUGUUGAAGUUACUGAAGAAGAAGCUGAAGCCAUAAAAGCUCAACAGGAAAAUGUUACAACAGCAACAGAGAAACCUGCAGUAAAAGAAACGGUCGAAAACGACACGAAAGACAAGUCUGGUGAAGAAAGUGACGAUGAAGACAGUAAAGGUAAAAUUAAACCCAACUGUGGGAACGGGGCCGACCUUCCUAACUAUUCAUGGACGCAAACUUUGGAAGAAAUUGAGUUGAGAUUGCCAUUCAAAGUAAAUUUUCCUGUUCGUGGACGUGAUGUAAUUUGUGAAGUGGAGCGUAAACACAUUAAAGUUGGGUUAAAGGGUCACCCACCAAUUAUUAACUGCGCUACACCGAAAGAGGUCAAGACAGAAGAGACCUACUGGACAAUUGAUGACAGAAAAACUCUCAUUCUAACAGUGGAAAAGGUAAAUAAAAUGGAAUGGUGGUCACAACUCGUAACCUCUGACCCAGAAAUCAACACUAAAAAAGUGAAUCCGGAAAACUCGAAACUGUCAGACCUGGACGGCGAAACAAGGGGCAUGGUUGAAAAAAUGAUGUUCGACCAGCAACAAAAACAGAUGGGGAAGCCAACAUCUGAUGAACAAAAGAAGCAAGAUAUGUUACAGAAAUUCAUGAAACAACACCCUGAGAUGGACUUUUCUAAAGCCAAGUUUUCUUGAACCAGUGUGGCUGUACAGAAAUCUUAACAAUUGCCCAGCAACAACAACAAGUGCUCGCCAAAUAAUAGCCCUGGCUUUUUGUUCAAAUAAAAUCAUUUUUUUACAUUU